AAUACAACCCCACAGCUCCAAUACUCAAAACAAGCGUACCGAAUGCUUUCUUCACUGUACUAUCUACCUGCGACUCCACUUAUAUGAACCUGCAUUCCGAGGUCUUUUUGUUUGGCAGCACUCCCCAGGACCUUACCAUUGAGUGUAUAAGCCCUGCCCUGAUUUGCCUUUCAAAAUGCAACACCUUGCCUUUACCUAAAUUAAACUCCAUCUGCCACUCCUCAGCCCAUUUUCCUGUCUGAUCAAGGUCCUGCUGUACUCUCGGGUAUCCAAGUAGCUGGUUCUCCCUCUUUGAACACAUGGGGAUUCCCCAUGUAAACAGGUAACGCUGUAGUUUCUGGCUGUUGUCAACAUUCAGCAUUAGAACUGUGUUCUGAACCACUGCAUGAACAAUUCCAGGUUUCAACUUCUAAUCCCAACAACAGCGACACAGUGAAUGCAUAAAUGUUCUGGUGAUUUUCUUCCAGGCUGACUCAAGGCCAGGAGCCGAGAUGAGCAAUGAGGAGAAGGCUGGUUUGAGUAAGACAAGUCCAAAGGAAGAGCAGAAGCCAUUAGGUAUUGGAGAUGAGUCCAUACUGUAUAUUGAAUCAAUUGAGGAAGAAGGAACCUGUCUCAGACAUAUCAGCUUCUUUGUCGGCAGGGAACUGAAAAUAUUUGGUAUCACUGAGAUCAUGAUUGGGAUUAUUCAGGUGGUGUUCGGUUUGCCCUUGAACUUUGUUGAAAGCUAUGUCUUUGCUGUUUUAAUCGGCAUUCCCUGGUGGACAGGAAUUUGGUAUAUCAUAUCAGGAUCACUGGUGGUUGACAUUAUAAACACAUCAAAUACUCAUCUUAAGCAAGUGAUAUUAUUGAUGCACAUAAUAAGCACUAUUGCAGCCGUGAUUGGUGCAGGAGCUUACUUUGUCUCCCUGUACAUGAUGCCACCACUGGAAUCCAACUUUUUUGUCGUGGGGCCUUUGGUAUUAGUCUUCUUCCUCAUGAGCCUGUGCGUGAUGGAAUUUCUCAUCGCCUCUUUGAUUUUGUUCCUUCAUUGUACGCUCGUUAUACGUGAAUUUCAAGUGGCAAGUUCCCAUAGACAAUCUGUAAUUCGCCGUUGAAGUUGACCCUCCAAUUGCUGAAAGAGCUAGGAGCUCCAGAGGGAUAUGGUUUCAAUUCAGAUAAUCGUCACUGCACCAUGUUCAAGGCCAUGUGAAUGGAUGGUGAAAUUACUGAGGGAAUGAGGAGAGACCAGUGUCCUACUGCAGUUGGGAUAUUUACCAUACAAAAGGUCCUUGUACCAUGACCACCUUUUCUAAGUUUCCAAUGGCAACGGGAAAGGACAUCUCCCUUUAAACUGAAAAGGAGACAGCAAUGUGACACUGGAUUUAUGAACUAUUGUUUAAGUAGGAAGGGAAGCUUCUUAAUAUAUGUAACUUAAACAAUGUUGAUUUUAUUGUAAUUAAAAAAUGUUAUCCACAAAGAGGAAGGCAUUAUUACCUUUUUUUUUCAAAAUCACUCUCCAUUUGUGAGAGCUCAGCCAUGGCCACAUUGAAUGACCUUUUCCUGUUCCUUACGCUCUGGUAGUUUGUCAGACUCACAGCUUUAAUGAUCUACCGUACUGAAUCAUCUCUAGUCACAGGUAGUUUCUAAAUGUAUGACUGUUUAUUUCAUGUCAGCAUUAUGUAAUGAACAUUGGUAAUCAUUACCAAAGAAUACAUAUGAAGGGUUGAGGGGGUAUGGAUUAGCUUGACGUUCCGGGAAUCCGAUAAACAGAAGACAAUUCUUAAACAUAUUUUCGGUAUGAAGCUAAUUUCCCAGAUUACCUGGGAUUGUUACAGUCUCAAUAACAGUUGCACCACUGCAGAUUGAUGUUUAUUGCUGUUCAAAACACAGGAUAUCUUUGUUUUGAAAGAAUGAACUGUUUGUCAGUAGUAUCAGAGAUAAUGGGAACUGCAGAUGCUGG